AUCAGCGCAGGUAUCUGGAGUCAUGCGUUCUAGCUCUGCCCGGUGACCCGGUUUUUUUCAUCUGCAGAUUGGCAUUGUUAACAGUGGCUAGCCUCUAGCCUACGCUGUUGUCGGCAGACUAAUGCACAAAAAAAACGGUUCAAUACCUUGCCCAGCAGAUAGUAAGCGCUCAACACAUGUUAAUUAUUGAUACUCUUGUUAUUGUUAGGAGUGUUUCUGGGUCCAGGAGGGAGAGAGGCAGGGCGGGGUCUCUGCACACUUUACAGAUGAGGUCACCUUUCGGGGCGCUGGGCCCCUCGCCCGCCCACACCCAGCGCAGAGCACGCGAGGGCCCCCUCACCACGCAGUACCUGUGGCACCGCUUCAGCGCCGACCUCGGCUACAACGGCACCCGCGACAGGGGGGGCUGCAGCAACCACAGCGCGGACCCCACCUUGCAGGAAGUGGAGACCCUCACCUCGCACUGGACCCUCUACAUGAACGUGGGCGGCUUCCUGGUGGGGCUCUUCACGUCCACCCUGCUGGGAGCCUGGAGUGACCGUGUGGGCCGCCGCCCGCUGCUGGUGCUGGCCUCGCUCGGCCUGCUGCUCCAGGCCGUGGUGUCCGUCUUUGUGGUGCAGCUGCAGCUCCACGUUGGCUACUUCGUGCUGGGCCGCAUCCUUUGUGCCCUCCUCGGCGACUUCAAUGGCCUCCUGGCUGCUAGCUUUGCGUCCGUGGCAGACGUCAGCUCCAGCCGCAACCGUACCUUCCGAAUGGCUCUGCUGGAAGCCUGCAUCGGCGUGGCCGGGACGCUGGCCAGCCUCCUGGGGGGCCACUGGCUCCGGGCCCAGGGUUAUGCCAACCCCUUCUGGCUGGCCUUGGCCUUGCUGAUAGUCAUGGCUCUCUAUGCAGCUUUCUGCUUUGGGGAGACGGUGAAGGAGCCAGAGUCCACCCGGCUCUUCACACUCUCUCACCACCGAGCCAUUGUCCAGCUCUAUGUGGCUCCAGCUCCGGAGAAGUCCAGGAAACAUUUAGCCCUGUACUCAUUGGCCAUCUUCUUGGUGGUCACUGUGCACUUUGGGGCCCAGGACAUCCUGACCAUCUAUGAGAUGAGUACACCACUCUGCUGGGACUCCAGGCUGAUCGGCUACGGUUCUGCAGCUCAGCACCUCCCCUACCUCACCAGCCUGCUGGGGCUGCGGCUCCUGCAGUGCUGCCUGGCCGAUGCCUGGGUGGCCGAGAUCGGCCUAGCCUUCAACAUCCUGGGCAUGGUGGUCUUUGCGUUUGCUACCGUCACACCCCUCAUGUUCACAGGGUACGGGUUGCUCUUCCUGUCUUUAGUCAUCACACCCAUCAUCCGGGCCAAACUGUCCAAGCUGGUGACCAAGUCAGAGCUGGGGGCUCUCUUUUCUGCGGUGGCCUGUGUGAAUAGCUUGGCCAUGCUGAUGGCCUCCGGCAUCUUCAACUCACUCUACCCAGCUACUUUGAACUUCAUGAAGGGGUUCCCCUUCCUCCUGGGAGCUGGCCUCCUCUUCAUCCCAGCCAUUCUGAUUGGGAUGCUAGAAAGGACAGACCCUCACCUAGAAUUCCAGCAGUUCCCCCAGAGCCCCUGAUCUGCCUGGACCAGAGGGCAGAAGGCAAGAAGAGCAGAGCAAACACGAGCCGGAAUCCUGUGUCUGGGAGCCCAGCCUAGGAGUUCAAGGCUCCUAGCAGUUCUCCUCGAAGGGCAGUGCUCACCUUGCUCACGGUGGUCAAGCUAGACCAAGGCACUGCCUCAUCCAUAGCUGAGCCAGCUCUGACUGCAACCUAGAAUCAUAACCCAAGCCAGGCGUGGUGGCUCACGCCUGUAAUCCUAGCCCUCUGGGAGGCCAAGGCAGGAGGAUCACUCAAGGUCAGGAG